UUAGACCUGCAGAUUAUGAAAGUGUCCAUGUUUGGCAGCAGAUGGAAAAAGAAAUCCUCUUCAUACCCAGUAGGCUGACAGUGCCGACCUACAAAAAGCUUCCUGAGAAUGUGCAGCCCAGAUUCCUGGAAGAUGAAGGCCUUUACAUUGGGGCUCGACCAGAGGUGGCCCGUGCCAAUCAGAACAUCAUGGAGAACAGGUUGCUGACGCAGGAGCCCGGGAGAAGAUGGUUUGGAGAUGAUGGCAGAAUCCUAGCACUGCCAAGCCCCAUCAAGCAAUUUCCUUCAAGGCCAUCAGUGUUAACGCAGGAUCAAAGCAUUAAGGCAGAACUAGAAACAGUAUAUAAAAAGGCAGUAAAAUAUGUCCACGUCAGUAAGCAUAUGACUGGAUCUGUAGACCCUCCUGGAAAUUUCCAACUGGAUAUUGAUAUUUCAGGGUUAAUCUUCACUCAUCAUCCCUGUUUUAGCCGAGAGCAUGUUUUGGCAGCCAAGCUUGCCCAGUUAUAUGACCAGUACCUUGCAAGGCAACAGAGAAACAAGGCGAAAUUUCUUACUGAUAAGCUCCAAGCUCUCAGAAAUGCUGUUCAGACUGGACUUAAUCCAGAAAAACCUCAUCCAUCCCUUGAUACAACCCAAAAAACCAUCAAUGAGUAUAAAUCUGAAAUUUGGCAAACAAGAAAACUGCGUGACAUGGAACAAGAAAAAGAUCGAGCAUUGCUUAAGACCAUCAUAAAAGUUUGGAAAGAGAUGAAAUCCCUUCGAGAGUUCCAGAGGUUUUCGAAUACGCCCUUGAAACUUGUUUUGAGAAAGGAAAAAGUUGACCAGAAAGCAGACGAAGGAGCCCAUGAAGCAGAAAUUCAAGCUGAAAUCAGUGAAUUGUUGGAAGAACACACGGAAGAGUACAAACAGAAGAUGGAAGAGUACAGAACUUCAUACCAGCAGUGGAAAGCCUGGAAGAAAGCCCAAAGGGCCAAGAAGAAGAAAAAGAAACAGGCAUCAGAAGAAUACCCUGAGGACGAGAUUGAGGCAGCAUCUCCCGAGGAGGAUCCUGUGAAGCCCACCCCUCCAGAGCCCGUUGACCGGGCAGUGAUAGAGCAACAGGUGAGGAAGAGGGCAGCCCAGAGCAGAAGGAGGCCUGGGGAGCCCACACUGCUCCCGGAGCUGAGCCUGGCAGGGAGCGUGACGCCCAAUGACCAGUGUCCCAGGGCGGAGGUCUCCCGAAGGGAAGAUGUAAAGAGGCGCUCAGUGUAUUUAAAGGUGCUCUUCAACAACAAGGAGGUGUCCAGAACAGUCAGUCGGCAACUAGGAGCAGACUUCCGAGUUCAUUUUGGACAGAUUUUCAAUUUGCAAAUAUUCAACUGGCCAGAGAGUUUAACACUUCAGGUCUAUGAAACAGUUGGACACAGUGGUACCACUUUGCUAGCAGAAGUGUUUCUGCCUAUUCCUGAGACUACCAUUGUCACUGGAAGGGCUCCCAUUGAAGAAGUGGAGUUUAGCAGCAACCAGCAUGUGACACUGGACCACGAGGGAGUUGGAAGUGGAGUGCCCUUCUCAUUUGAAGCUGAUGGCAGUAAUCAACUGAUUCUAAUGACCUCGGGAAAAGUGUCCCACAGAGUAGCAUGGGCCAUUGGAGAAAACGGAAUACCUUUAAUUCCCCCAUUGUCACAGCAGAACAUUGGAUUUCGAAGUGCUCUGAAGAGAGCAGAUGCCAUCUCAUCUAUUGGCACAUCGGGACUGACAGACAUGAAGAAGUUGGCCAAGUGGGCAGCAGAGUCCAAGCUCGACCCGAAUGACCCCAACAAUGCCCCUUUGAUGCAGCUGAUCUCGGUUGCUACCAGUGGUGAAUCCUACGUCCCUGAUUUCUUUAGACUGGAACAGCUGCAACAGGAAUUUAACUUUGUUCCAGAUGAGGAAUUAAAUAGAUCCAAACGAUUCAGGCUUCUUCGUCUUAGAAGCCAAGAGGUGCCAGAAUUCCGAAAUUAUAAGCAAAUUCCAGUAUAUGACCGAGAAAUUAUGGAAAAGGUAUUCCAGGACUAUGAGAAACGAUUACAAGACAGAAAUGUAAUUGAAACCAAGGACCACAUAGAUACCCAUAGGGCCGUAGUAGCCAAGUACCUGCAGCAGGUUAGAGAAUCGGUGAUAAAUCGUUUCCUCAUUGCAAAGCACCAUUUUCUUCUUGCUGAUUUGGUAGUAGAAGAAGAAGUUCCCAAUAUCAGCAAACUACAGCAGCCCUCGAGGUCUUCAAGAACUUUCAGUGAAAAGCGUGCUGCUUCCCCAAGCACACACAGCCCAACCCACAGUGCUGACUACCCUCUUGGCCAGGUUUUAGUACGUCCUUUUGUGGAAGUCUCUUUUCAAAGAACAAUCUGCCACACAACUACAGCUGAAGGACCAAACCCCAGCUGGAAUGAAGAACUUGAACUUCCAUUUAGGGCCCCUAAUGGGGAUUACAGCACCGCCAGUUUGCAGUCAGUGAAAGAUGACAUAUUCAUUAACAUUUUUGAUGAAGUACUGUACGAUGUCUUAGAGGAUGACCGUGAAAGAGGAAGUGGAAUCCAUACCCGCAUUGAGAGAUACUGGUUGGGAUGUGUGAAAAUUCCUUUUAGCACGAUAUAUUUCCAAGCAAGGAUUGAUGGAACAUUUAAAAUAGAUAUUCCCCCAGUUCUUCUGGGUUACAGUAAGGAGCGAAACAUGAUUAUGGAGCGGGGUUUUGAUUCUGCCCGGAGCUUAAGUGAAGGCUCCUACAUCACCUUGUUUAUUACCAUUGAGCCUCAACUGGUUCCUGGAGAGUCAGUUCGAGAAAAGUUUGAUUCUCAAGAAGAUGAGAAACUGCUUCAAGCAACAGAGAAGUUUCAAGCUGAAUGUGCCUUAAAGUUUCCUAAUCGUCAGUGCCUUACAACAGUAAUUGACAUAAGUGGAAAAACCGUUUUUAUUACACGUUAUCUCAAACCUUUAAACCCUCCUCAGGAGCUCCUUAAUGUCUACCCCAAUAAUCCACAGGCAACUGCAGAACUGGUGGCUCGAUAUGUGUCCUUGAUUCCUUUCUUACCUGACACUGUUUCAUUUGCUGGUGUCUGUGACCUAUGGAGCACAUCUGAUCAAUUUCUUGAUCUACUGGCAGGAGAUGAAGAAGAGCAUGCAGUAUUACUAUGUAAUUAUUUUCUGUCCCUGGGUAAGAAGGCCUGGCUGGUGAUGGGCAAUGCUAUUCCGGAGGGUCCAACAGCCUAUGUGCUAACUCAGGAGCAAAGUCAUUAUUUAAUAUGGAAUCCCUGCAGUGGACAUUUUUACGCACAAUUUGAUACAUUCUGUCCCUUGAAAAGUGUGGGCUGUUUAAUAGGUCCUGAUAAUAUUUGGUUUAAUAUUCAAGAAUAUGAUUCUCCACUAAGGAUAAAUUUUGAUGUCACCAAGCCCAAGCUAUGGAAAUCUUUCUUUUCAAGACGACUUCCAUAUCCUGGUCUUUGCAGUGUUCAG